UUUAUUUUCUCUUUUUAUUUUUCAUUUAUUUAAAUGUUUAAUAUAGUACUUUCUCAUGAUUCUCGUAUUAUCUCCCCGGGUGAAAGUUCUCCAUUUUCCAAGUUCUCAUUUAGUUCAUGUUACUCAUGCCAUUGUAAAACUUUUAUUGUUCAGCAAUACAAAUGCAAGUGACUACUUUUUUUCUUUUACUGAAAACGCAUAUGGCAUUUCUGUAGUUGCAGAUCAGUAUGUAAUUGAAAAUGAUUUUUUACCAGCACUAAGGGAGGCACAAUGUCCCAACAUGGAUGUUCCUGAAAGUGUGCAUCGUAUUUUACAAGUUGAUGAUGAAGGAGGACAAGAAUUAAGUGGAAAACGAAUUAGUGAGAUUUCUGAACCUUUAGCUGAAGGUCGCUUUUCAAUCUUGUAUAUAUCCACAUAUCAAACAGAUUUUGUAUUAGUUCGUGAAUCAAAAUUAAAUAAAGUAGUAAAUACACUAAGGCAGAAUGGAUUUGAGGUGGAAGAGGAGGAAAACCAGAUUAACGAAUUGGAUCAACAAGCAUCGUUGGAUGAAGUAGAGGCUAACAUCAAUGAUUCGUUAUUACCUGUAGAUCCAACACAAUUCUUAUUAGAAAUAAAUGUACUAGACAACGAAUUGCAAUGUGUAGGAUUGAAUCGACAUUAUCGUUCUAGUUGGAUUCAUACUAUUAUAAAAAUAUUAUGUUAUCCAGAUUUAAUUCAGGGCGAUCAUAAUUCAAGCUUGAAUCAUAAAAGGUUUUGCUCAUUUGUUGCUACAAGUGAAUAUAUAUCAUUGAUUGCAGAUACAAGAAUUAUUGGUACAAUCGAAGAAGAAGACGCGAUUAUGAGAGAACAAGAUGGAUCUACGUUAAGAAUUAUUCAAGUUUGUUUCUCAGGGUCUAACAUCGAAAGAUGUGGUAUUGUUCGCUACAUUUCAAAACCCUUAGCUAUUGAUUCUCAUGUCAACAUGUUAUAUUUGAGUACAUUUAUGACUGCAAAUAUUAUUGUGUCUGCAGAUGAUUUAGAAAGGGCAGUUAAUAUUCUAUCAAUUCCUCAACAACCAGAUUCACCUGUUAUAAAUAUUUCGAGGACAUUAUCUUGAUAGUUGACUAUAUGUAUCUUAUAUUCUAUAAGUCUUACUACAAUUGCUACUAUUUUAUUGUUUAUGAAAAUAUAUCAAGCAUACAUAUACUUUACUAGAAAUAAAAAUUUUUUUUU